GUUUUCUGAUAAGAUAGGGAAUAAUGUUCCAGACCUCACCCCUCAGUCACAUGCUCUUCUCCCAUGUAGACCUCAGGAGAAAGGAGAUAGAAGUGAAGAUGUAUAGCCUACGAGAGAGGAAGUGUCGUGUCUACCGAGAGAUCAGCGAGCCCCAGGACGAUGACUACCUCUAUUGUGAGAAGUGUCAGGAUUUCUUCAUUGACAGCUGUGCUGUGCAUGGGCCUCCUAUGUUUGUAAAAGACAGUGCCAUGGACAAGGGGCAUGCCAACCGCUCAGCCCUCACUCUGCCACCUGGGUUGAGAAUUGGACCAUCAGGCAUCCCUGAGGCUGGGCUUGGAGUGUGGAAUGAGGAAUGUGAUCUGCCCGUGGGCCUGCACUUUGGCCCUUAUGAGGGUCAGAUCACAGAAGAUGAAGCCACAGCCAACAGCGGCUACUCCUGGCUGAUCACCAAAGGGAGAAACUGCUAUGAGUAUGUGGACGGAAAGGAUACAUCUCAGGCCAACUGGAUGAGGUAUGUGAACUGUGCCCGGGAUGAUGAAGAACGGAACCUGGUGGCCUUUCAAUAUCACAGGCAGAUUUUCUACCGAACCUGCCGGGUCGUGAGGCCGGGCUGUGAGCUGCUGGUCUGGUAUGGAGAAGAGUAUGGCCAAAGCUGGGCAUCAAGUGGGGCAGCAAGUGGAAGACAGAGCUUGUGGCCGGGAGAGAACCAAAGCCAGAGAUCCACCCAUGUCCCUCCUGCUCUGUGGCCUUCUCCAGCCAGACAUUCCUCAGCCAACAUGUGAAACGCAAUCACCCCUCUGGGAUUCUGCCAGGAGCACCUGCAGGAAAACAACAGCAGUUCAUAA